AUGACCGGGAAUAGUACACGAUCAAUGUCGGAAUCCUUCAAAGUGACAUUCCUCACUCACACCGGUAUCCGUGCGGCUUCCCUAUACGAACCGAUCACACCUGGGGACACGAGAGCUUUUUGUCAAGUAUCUAACGCUGGUCCAUCCGGAUUUCCUCUUCUCAAACAAGGUGAUCUUUUACCAGAAUGGGAAGAUAGGAGUACUAGACCUCAAUUUUAUCUUGUCAGUUUCACAAACAAUCCCAAUGAUCCUGAAAUCACUACUACAGUCGUUUCCACGGUCAAAAAUGAUACCAAGAUUGAGAGAUUACAGAGUAUUCCAAAAUCCUCUUCUAUGAGUGAUACUACUGGAGAAGGUAAUGAAAUGGGAAAGGUGAUAAGUGCUAACGAAGAUAAUACUUUGAUUUUCGAAGAUGAAGGAGAAUCAUUGGAAUGCGAGGUCAAUGAAGAUGAUGUCUCACGUUUGGCAAGUGUGAUGGCUUCACAAUUGCGUCAAGUACAAGAAACGAAACAAGAAACUGGAUUGACUAGAGUUCAACUUGGAGAACAAACUUGUUGGACAAAGUCAACUCCUGGUGAUGGAGGAUAUGCCCUUGUGAUUUGGUAA